CCAUACCGACUCUUGUAGAUAAUGGUCCACGGAUCGAUCACAAUCGCAAAGAGAAGUAAGCAUCUAGGCCGCCUCACGGAACAGCGCGAUCCGGUAAAGUGCGUCUUGGCACGCAUCUGCCUGCGGAGUGACCCGUGGCGCAGUCAUCGCACUCGGCCAGCAUAACCGAGUCCCAAGGCACCAUGACUGUGAGCAAGAAAACAUUUAUUAGCACUAUCGUACCUCCCCGGAUCAUUCUUGAAAAGAUCGAACCCAACCGAAACGAUUCAAGAGCUCUCGAGAAAAUCAGGAAACAGAUUACCAAUUCAACGGAUACCCCGUGACCCUUCCAUCGGCAGCUACGAGAAAGAGAUCAGCAAAGAGUUGCCUAAAGAGUGUCUAGCGUCAAUUUCGUCUACGUCAUUCACGCAAGACCCUGAACGAAAUCAUGACAUAUCGGACUUCCUUCUCCUGCUCAGGCAUUCGAUCUUCUUUCAACCCAUCGACACCUGAUUCUUUCUCGACAAAAAGAAACUCAUCACCGAUCCAUACCCCACAUCAAUCGACUCUGGAUCAUUCACAUCAACAAAGACCAUCAUUCACAUAUUCUUUCGAUACGGAUCUGUCAAGCCAAACAAGCGACUGGCAUAUGUUUCCUGUGCAGAACCACACUGCCGGACUGCUGCGGAAAGGUCAAGGUCAAGGUCAUCAGAGAAACGCGUCCGAGUCGACUGUCAACUCGACGGGCCCAUCCUCGCCGUUCAUGCAGACCAGCACCUUUCCUUACAUCGCAAACGCCGACCAGUCUCCUACCACUUCGUACUUUAGCGACAACGAUCAGACAUUCAACAACGUCGGCUACGCACCGUCCAAGCUUUCCCACACGCCAGCGGCCCAUCUUGCCAUGCAGAACAUGGCCAUCGACCAGCACAACUCGACCUACAACGAGGACAUUCCGGACUUUGCACACUCAUCACGGCAUUCAGUGUCAAGCAAGGGUCAGAACUCGCCGUCGACGCCUCAGCCGAGGUCGAGUUCUGACCAUGAGGACAUUGAGGAGAGACCACCUCUCUUCAAGAUGCCGACCAACGACUACAAGGCCAAUGCCCCUCGCGUUGAGCUCAAUCGCACAGAGUCUGCUGCCUUUGCCGAUGAGCUCUUCAACCCAAACAACCCUGACACGCUCCAACCACCUACCGUGCACACUAACAACAACAUGCUGUCACCACACCGCAAUCUGAUCGACGAGAGGUUACGUACUGCCAACAGCAUUCGAUCACAGUCGCCGGUGGGAGACAUGUCUCGAGAACGAUCUCCCUUCAGACAGAACUCGCCAUUCGCAGCGCCAACAGCUCAGAACUUCAAGGGACCCGGACCUUUCUUGGCUACCGCUGCUGACUCGAGACGUCAGCAGAGAGAAGAAGCAAGUGCUAGAGAAUGGAUGUCUCAUCAGCCGAAGCUGCGAAGAGAGCCCACCAAGACCAUGUCACCAAAGGAUGCCCUCCUCGACUUCACCGACACUGAGGGUUCCGACAUGCCUCUGUUCGCUGAUACUUUGCCUUCGGGUUAUAACUUUGCCACCAACAUGGCCGCUCCUCCAACCAAUGUUGCUGGCUUCCGAGCCUCGUCUUCUGACCAAUCGUCCAUUGGUUCCACCACAUUCAAUUUCUUGCCACCUCAGCAGCCGACGAUGCCUAGCAAUCCUUAUGCUCAGGCACAGUAUCGCUCAACUGACUUCAACCCUGACUCCCCUCCUGACUUCCCAGCUCACCUGGCUACAAUGGAGUCGUCCAUGAGUGAGGGUCCUGGCGCCUCAUCUCAGGGCAGCAUGACGACUGCUUCUAUCUCCAGGCCGCAGCACACCACUGCCGACACUGGUAGCUACACUUGCCCUGCCGAUGGCUGUUAUCACCGCUUUGACUCAGCCGCCACUUUGCUGAAGCACAGACGUGAUGCUCAUCCUGCUCGCCAGUCGCUGUCAUCAACUGGCACGGCUACCUCAUCGCCAGAGGAGGACGAUCGUCGCUCAAGUUCACCUGUAGCUGCCCCCGGCACUCUUGGUAGCUCGAUGACGGCCGCUGCACUUGCCGAGCGCAACUCUCAGCAGGGUCCUCACAAAUGUACACGUACCAACCCGUCGACUGGCAAGCCGUGUAACAGUAUUUUCAGUAGGCCAUACGAUCUCACUCGUCACGAAGAUACUAUCCACAACCGCCAGAAGCAGAAGGUUCGCUGUCAGUACUGUCGCGAGGAGAAGACAUUCUCUCGCGCAGAUGCCCUCACUCGUCACAUGAGGGUAGUCCACCCCGAGGUCGAUUUCCACGGCAAGCGUGGGAGAAAGGGCGAUCACUUCUAGGAUGACGAAUCCACCCAAUAAUGUCUUGUAACUCUCCUUUGAUUUUGUUGUUAUGCUCACGAUUGCGAGGCGUUGUUUUCCCCUACUCUGUACUUGUACGAUAACGAUGACGAUACUCUUUCGGCGUUCCCUUUUCUCGGUCGACUGCGGUCGGAGGUAUCUGAAAAGGAGCGAUGCCUGGUGCAAUGAUCUUUUGUCUUAGAUUUUAGUCACCCAUGUACAAUUAUGCUAUGAAAUAUCUUUACGAGAAAU